AUUCCAUUAAUAAUAUUCAACAACAAGAUAAUUCAAUAGUCAAAAAUGAUUUAUUUGUUAUUGAUGAUCGUGAUCAACAAGAAUUGUUAUCAAUUGAUGAACAAAGGUCAAUAUCAAGAUUAUCAACCGAUUCGAUUGAUGAAUCGUCGACAACAACAACAACGGAUUCUAUGAUGAUUACAACAGGAACAACUUUUGUAUCUUCGAAGGAACAAUUUGAUAAUUUAAAUACUGAAAAUAUCCAAAUUAGCCAAAAUCUAAAUCAAAAUGAUCAAAAUAAUAUUGUCAAAACAUUCGAUACAACAACAAUCAAUACAUUUGAUUCGAAUAAUCCAAUUAAAUCAAGAAAUGCAUUACGUUUAAAAUUAUCAAAAUCAAAUAAAUCAUCAAAUCAAUAUAAAAUACCGAAAAUUGAACCAAACGAACCAACCAUUUCAACUAUUUCUUCGGAACAAUCAUCGAUUGAAUUAUCAAAACAACCGAUAAUUGCAAUGAAAAAUCUAAAUUCCUCAACACCAACAACAACAACAACAAAGAAAGAAUCAAAUGCAAAAUCAUCAACAAUCGUUUCGAAUAAAAAAGAAGAAAAAUCUUCAUUAAAACAAUUAUUAUUAUCUUUAUGGAAACAAUUACAACGAAAAGAUCCAAAUAAUUUUUUUGCACAACCAGUAUCCGAUUCAAUUGCACCUGGUUAUUCAACAAUAAUUACUCAACCAAUGGAUUUAAGUACAAUAAAAACAAAAAUAAUAGAUGAAUAUCGUACAUUAGGUGAUUUUAAAUCCGAUGUUAAAUUAAUGUGUGAUAAUGCAAUGAAAUAUAAUCGUCCAGAAACAAUUUAUUAUAAAACAGCAAAUAAAUUAUGGCAUUAUACUAAAAAUAAAUUAUUUAAAAAAGAUUCUGUAUUAGAUUAUACAAAAAAAUAUCCACGUUUAACACCAUUAGAAUUAAGUUUAAUGCCAUCCAAUCAGGUAAUGAUGUCAAGUUUAAAUUUAUCAUCAUCAGCAACAACAACAACAAAUCAUUUGAAUUCAAUAAAUUUAAAUGGAUCAUCAUCAUCAUCAUCAUCAUUAGCGAAUAAUUCUAAUCAACAAUUUGGAUUAUUAAAUAUUAAUGUUGGUUUAGAUUCAUCAUUUCAAAAUUUUCAAAAUUCAAAUAUUUUGAAAACAACAAAUUUGUUGUUUGAUUCAUCAUCGAGUAUCUCUCCAGCGACAUCAUCGUCGAUGAUCAAUGAUAAUUUUAUAUCACCACCACCACCACCAUCAUCAUUAUCACCAAUAUUAUAUGUUAUGGUUGUCGGUUUUCAUCAUAAAAAAGGUUGUCUAAUUGAUUAUUGUUAUCCUUCAUUACCAAAAUCUUGUACAAAAGAUUUAAUUAAAUUACCUGAUUGUUGGAAAUCAUUGCCUUCAUUAGCUAUACCGGAUGGUGCACAUAAUUUUGAACGUGAUUCGGUUUAUUUUCAUUUACCCGAUCUUUUUGAUCCAACACGUACUGUAUUCGGUGUUGCUUGUUAUCAACAAAUUAUGACCAAAAUUUUACGUGUACGUACACCCGAUAUGACCAGAAGUUCUGUACAAAAAAGUGUUGUUGCUAUUAUUACUGCACCACUUUAUGGUCUAGUUGAAAGAAAAUUACGUAUCAUAACAAGAAAUUAUUUUCAAGAAUUAGAUUUUAGUAAAACACAAAUCUUGAAUGAAUUUUAUCAAUCAAUGUCAUUGCAGCUUCGACCAACAUUAAUUAAAACAAAUGAAAUCUAUUAUGGUUUAUCAUUACGAAAUUUAUUCCAAAAAUUUGGUCAACAAAUUAUUAUUUUAUUUAAAUUAUUAUUAUUGGAAAAGAAAACAUUAUUCAUCAUGUCACCUAUUCGUGAUCUAUCUUGUACGAUUUUAACAUUAUGUUCAUUAUUUCCCGGUCUUUUAUCCAAUGGAUUGUUACAAUCACAUUUACCGAGCGAAAUCAAAUCCACAACAACAACAACAACGAAGAAUCCAAUCAAGAGCUUAACAAAAAUUUCCACAAACCCAUUAAACGAUUCUAAUCAAAUUGAAACUAAAUCUGAAUCAAAAUCUAAUCCAAAUAAUGAUUAUGAAACGAAUCCAACAAUGUCAAUUUUAUCAAAAUCUAAUGAUAUGUCUUCGUCGAUUACAUCAACAAUAUCGUUAUAUGAUCAGGAAGAUCAAUCAACCGUUAAUCAAAUGGAUUUAAAUUCAUUUGAUGGAUUGAUUGAUUUGAAUGAUGAAUUUUAUGAUGAUAAUGAUGAUGAUCCUCGAAGUGAAUAUUCUGAAACAAAUUCCACUAAUCGUACGAUACGAGAUUCUCAAGAAAUUCUUAUCAAACCAGAUGAAUAUUAUGGCUUACCAUUACAAUUAUUCAAAUGUCAUUCAUAUUGUUUACCAUAUUGUUCAAUAUCAUGUUUUGAAAUGUUAAAUAAUCCAAAUGUUCGUUCUUGUUUGGCCGGAUCAUCAAAUUCAAUAUUUCAACGUUGGGAAAAUGAUUUUGAUGUUUUUGUUGUUGAUAAUCAAAUUUCAAUCAAUAAUAAUCAUUUAAAACGUAUACUAACACCAACUGUGGAAGAUUUACGUUUUAUUUCAUUUUUAUUACGUUCAAUGAAUGAAUCAACAAUAAUAAAUAAUGAACAUGAUGAUGAUGAUAAUGAUAAUAAUAAACGAUAUCAACCCGAAUCUGAAGAUUAUAAUGAAUAUGUUGAAAAUUUGGAACAAAAUCAACAUUAUCUUUAUGAAGGCAGUGAUUCAUGGUGUCGUUAUCAUUUUAAAAAUUAUUUAAUUCAUAUGUUAAGAUGUUCAUUUAUGGAUGAAACAAACAAAGAAUAUCGAGCUUUUAAUGCUGGAUUUAUGGCUGAAUGGAAACAAACAUAUAGUUAUAAACAUUGGCUGAAUAGCCAAAAUAUUGAUGGAAAAUCGAUUGAAGAAAUUUUCCGAACAGAAAUUGAACCACAACAUCCAUUUGCAGCAAAUCGUUUGAAUGAUAUUCGAUUUAAAAUUACUAAUUUUCUAAACAAUCGCCAAGAACAUAUCAAUAAUGCAUCCAAAGUUGUGAUAAAUUCAGCUAAAUCAACAUUCAAUUCAUGGAUUUCAUCAUUAGGAUCAUAUCAUUCGAAUGCUGGCCAGCAAGCAAAAUCAUUAAUAAACAAAACUGUUCAAUUUGCUAAUCAAUUAAUUGAAGAUCCUAAUCAAAAUGAUGAUGAUUUUAAUGGAAAAAAAGAAUCAAAUAUUACGACCUCAUCUUCAUCAUCAUCAUCAUCAUCAUCCGAUAAUGAUGAUGAACGACGAAAACGAUAUCGUCAUCGAUUAAAAACAUCAUCCAGACAACAACAGAAGCAUCAAUCAAACCAAAGAAGACAAGGCCAAGAACAUUCAUCAAAACGAUCAUCGGAUUUUAAUCUUGAUGAAUCAGAUCCUGAUGUUGAAGAACAAGAAACUAGUGUUUGAAACAAAAAACAAAAUAAUCUAAUAAUUUCUAUCUCAUUUACCCCUUUUACAACCCGAAAAAAAAUUCGUGAUAACAUUCAAAU